AUGCAACAUGUAACAUUUGUUCAUGUUCCCCAGGCUGGAUUUCUGCUCUUCUCCAUCUUGGCGGUUUUGUCUACCGUCCACGCGGCACCCUCCUGUACGUGCCCCUGUACGUGUGAGGAAAAGGCCCCCUCCACCCAGCAUCAGUACACUGUCCAAAUCAACGAGGAAGGAACGAUUUUCAACCAAGUGACUGACGUAGACCGAGAGAAUCAGAUCGUCGUGUUCCACGUGCCUCAGCACAACAUCGUGACUGCCAAUCAGUUCAUGCUGGACUACAACACGGGUCUGGCGAUGACCCUCUUCCCGGACCUGAACGUCUGUUUCCUGUCCCACAUGCCUGACGAUAUGCUGACUAUCGACAAGCUGGAGGAAGGGUUGAGCGAGAUGGCGAAUCCACAAGCACGGAGCACCAUCAUCAAGAAGAAGAAGGAGGAGACCUACCAGCGCGCCGCCGCGCAGCCUGUGAAGGACCGCUCCAUGCUGGGGGACCAGAUGGCCCAGAUGUGCAUGAAGUAUCCUGUCUACACUACGGAGGUGGUUCCUGAGGCAUCCAUCGAGCAGGACGGAGGGAACAAAACUGCUCGCACUCUGACCCUGUCUUGUCCACCAACGACAUGGAUGUACAGAUGUGAACGUGAGACCAACACCUGCGUCUACGUCUACAACUGUAACAACAAUGGUAACCCAUUUCAGCAACCAACCUAUUAUGACUGCACCCGGCGCCAUGACUUCACAGGCAUUGGCUGGGAGUGCACCCCUUAUUGCCCUUGAGAAAUUUAAGAUAAAAAUAUCUGGCAGGCUGUCAGAAAAUUUUUGUCUUAGCUGGCAAAUUGGUUCUUACAAUCCUUUGUGUUUGACGUUUUAAGCCUUUGUGCAAAACACGUAAAACGUGUCAUUGCGUGUGUGCUAAUGUAGAUUUCCAUUGAUAAACUAAACUCAACUUGUUUUCUAAAUGCUUUCUCAUUUGAAUGAGACAAAAUGAGAUAUGUUUACACAAGGUAGCUGUCCUACUGUGUGAAUUAGAUUCGGUUUGAUUUGUGCACAACUUCAUUUUACAUUGUCGAGGUCAAUCUCGCCUGUGGUUCCAUUCAACAUUUGAAUAAAGUUUGUCAAAGCACUUA